GGCCUAGGCGCGGGGCCGCCUCCAUUUUGCGGCACAGCGGCGGGGCGGAGCGCAGUCAGCAGCGAGCCGCGGCGCGGGGAGCAGAGCGCCGCCCGCUAGCGCAGUACCGGCCUGCCCGCGCCCACCGGCCUGCACGCACCGGGACCCGCGGCCCAGCGAGCUCCGCGCCUCCAGCCAUGAGCGGCUGCCGCGUCUUCAUCGGGAGGCUGAACCCCGCCGCCAGGGAGAAGGACGUGGAGAGGUUCUUUAAGGGGUACGGCCGCAUCCGGGACAUCGACCUGAAGAGGGGCUUCGGGUUUGUGGAAUUCGAGGAUCCGAGAGAUGCAGACGAUGCUGUCUAUGAGCUGGACGGAAAAGAGCUUUGCAGCGAGAGGGUUACUAUUGAGCAUGCGAGAGCACGCUCUAGGGGUAGAGGCCGAGGGAGGUACUCUGACCGCUUUAGCAGCCGCCGUCCACGCAGUGACAGGAGAAGUGCCCCGCCUUUAAGGACAGAAAACCGUCUCAUAGUAGAAAAUUUGUCGUCCCGAGUCAGCUGGCAGGAUCUCAAAGACUUCAUGAGACAAGCUGGGGAAGUAACCUUUGCAGAUGCACACAGACCUAAGUUAAAUGAAGGGGUGGUUGAAUUCGCCUCUUACAGUGAUUUAAAGAAUGCUAUUGAAAAGCUUUCUGGUAAAGAAAUUAAUGGAAGAAAAAUCAAACUAAUUGAAGGCAGCAAAAGACACAGUAGGUCCAGAAGCAGGUCACGGUCUCGUAGCAGAAGCUCAUCCAGGUCUCGUAGCCGUUCCCGUUCCCGAAGCCGCAAGUCUUACAGCAGGUCAAGGAGCAGGAGCCGUAGCAAGUCUCGAUCAGUUAGCAGAUCUCCAAUGCCAGAGAAGAGCCAGAAGCGUGGCUCUUCCAGUAGAUCUAAAUCCCCAUCGUCUGUGGAUCGACAGAGGUCUAGAUCGAGGUCCAGAUCCGUUGAUAGUGGCAACUGAACUAUAAGUGACUUGCCCUGGGGGCCCUUUUUUAAACCAUACUUGCUAGAACUCGUGGUAAGUAUGUGACUUUCUGAGGGGAAGGGUUUGGAUGGGGUGGGGAGGGACGAAGGGGGGGUUGCGGGAUCUUUGUAGAUGUGGACCUUGGUGGGGAGGGUUAUUGACUAAUUGUAUUAAAUGUUUUUUGAUAACCCUUUUUUUGCUCACAUUUUUUGUGAAUGUCUGAAGUGAAUAGUUUGUGUAUAUUGCCAGAGCUCUUUAUAACUAAAGCAGACAACUUUUAAAACUUUUUUUUACUCCAAAAAGAGUAAUCUGAACACUGAAUUCCCAGUACACUCAAGUGUGAAUAGCAAUUCAGAAUAUUAGUUUGAGAUAUUAAACCAACAGCUUUAGGCAUCUAAGAGCUCUACAUGUGCUGUACAUAAAGCUUUAUUUCAGAGCUUUUUUUUUUUUUUGUGCUUUAGAACCACUGUUUCACUUAUAGGUCAGCAGAUUAAGUGCUCGACAGUAUUGGUAAUAAAACUUUAUUUUAAAAACUUCUCAUUGAAUACGCCUUGCACUGCAGUAAGAAAAUGCCCAUUUCACUGCCCUGUGGUAAUAGUAUUCUAUAAGGCACCCUAACUCUUGAUACUUAAGAAUUAAACAGCUCAAAUAAAGUAUGAAGAAACGUG